AUGGCCCUCUUCCUCAGAUGGAAGGCGUGCAUCUUCGCCCCAUUGUCCGCCCAAGCCGCCCCAGCAUGGCUAGUUUCAUCAGUUAUGAUACAAACAACAGGCAAACUAAACAAGAUGGUCACGCUGCUCUACCAUGUCAAAAUGGGCCAGGAGAUGGUCAAGGGCAGGAUCGGGGAGAGUGAAUUCGAACGAAAUGAAGGUGACUAUCUUGUAGCAGCCAGGCCAUUCAGGCCACUCUUCAACGUGACUAAAAGAAGACAGAUAUUAGUUGAAGAAAGAGGAAAACAAGAAAGGGUGUAUAACGUACCUAGUGGCAGCAGCAAAGACGGGCAGAGAACCCGUAAGGCGGGGCCAUUGUUCUUGGGCCUGCCGCUGAGGAAAAGGAAGGGUUAG